AUGUCGGCCGUCCUAAAAUCCGUCACGGACGCCCGUUCUGCAAAGUCCAAAGAAGAAUCUACAGACUCCACAGGUCCCGACAAGAAAUUUCGUCAAAGGGUGCUCAUCCUCUCCUCACGAGGUGUAACAUACCGCCAACGUCACCUCCUCCAGGACCUAACCGCCCUCCUCCCGCACUGUCGCAAAGACUCAAAAUUCGACACAAAAUCAAAACUCUUCCAACUGAACGAACUAGCAGACCUCUACAACUGCAACAACAUCCUCUUCUUCGAAGCCCGUAAGCGCGAAGAUCUAUACAUGUGGAUGUCAAAACCUCCCAACGGUCCUACCAUAAAAUUCCACGUCCAGAAUCUUCACACCAUGGAGGAAUUACACUUUUCCGGAAACUGCUUGAAGGGCAGUAGACCUCUUUUGAGCUUUGAUAAAACUUUUGAGAGUAAGCCCUAUUUGAUGGUUGUGAAGGAAUUGAUGUUUCAGACUUUUGGCGUGCCUAAGGGUGCGAGGAAGAGCAAACCGUUUGUGGACCAUGUUAUGAGCUUUACCGUCGUGGACGGGAAGGUGUGGAUUAGGUGUUACCAGAUCUGUGAGGCAGAAUUGGGGAAGAAGGAUGCUAAGGAGAAUGGUGCUGAGGGAGACGAGGAAGAAGCCGAUGAGAGGAAGAAGAAGGGCAAGAAGACUGGACGCUCCGAAACAGAGAUCAGUUUACUAGAAAUCGGACCCAGACUGGUCUUGACCCCAAUCAUCAUCCAAGAAGGAUCAUUCGGCGGACCCAUCAUAUACGAAAACAAGGAGUACGUUUCUCCCAACGUUCUAAGAGCGGAAUACCGAAACAGGAGGGCCCAGAAAUUCAACGUCAGAAGCGCACAAAAGGUCGGCAGGGAGAUCAAGAAGAAGGCCCUACGGCUCGACAAGCACCGCAUCGGAGGCGGUGGAGGAAAGGACUGGGAGGAGUUGCAGGCUGGGUUGAAAGAUUUGUUCCAGGACGACGAUUAA